AUGAACCGUGUCGCAGCCCUCAUCACUUUUCUGACCUUCAUGGUUCUGUCGGAGGCCCAACACGAGCCGGGCUUCUGCUCCUUCUAUGAGGAGUGUGGUCGCAACCCCUCAGUGGGAAGCGCUCUCCUCCCCCCCACCGUCCCCUGUCUGGACUACAGCCGAGCCCGAGCCCUCACAGGGGACCACUACAGGAGACUCAAAGCGGUGUGUCCCUUCUUGGACCGUGGAGAGGGCAACACGUUCGCCUGCUGCUCCAAGAAACAGCUGUUCUCCCUGGAGAUGAGUCUGACUCUGUCCAAGGCGGUGCUGGUCCGCUGCCCGUCCUGCGCUGAGAACUUCGCCCACCUGCACUGCAUCAACACCUGCAGCCCCAACCAGAGCCAGACGGUGAAGGUCACAAAGGUCAUGAACGUCACCGAACUGAAUACGACCAAUGAGGUGGUGGUAGCUUACCAGGCGUUCCUCAGCACCUCCUUCUCAGACAUCUCCUUCGAGUCCUGCAAAAGUGUCAGGAUCCCCGCCACAGGAGGCUUCGCCAUCGCCACCAUGUGUGGUCGCUACGGCGCCAAGCUGUGCACCCCCCAGCGCUGGUAUGACUUCCAGGGAGACUCCAGUAACGGCCUUGCUCCACUCGACAUCGACUUCCAGCUGGUACCACCGGGAGUCACCGAGGGACUACCUGCGGGGGUGAUUCCCUACGCUGGACGGGCUCUCCGGUGUAACGAGACCACGCCCUCCGGGGGUCAGGACUGCUCCUGCCAGGACUGCCAGGAGUCGUGCCCCAGGAUGCCGCCUCUCAAUCUGCCCCCCGGCCCCUUCAGGCUGCUGGGGACCGACGGCUUCCUCGUGAUUGCUAUCCUCUUGCUCUGUCUCCUGUUGUUUUCCUUCAUUUUCUACCUCGCCGUUGCUUACCUGGUGAGGUCCAAGAAAAGAAAGGAUGAAGAGAAAGGGAAGAGGAAGGGGAAAGGCAAGGACCAGAACAGUAAUGAUGUGAAUCAGCGGCUCAUUGAUCCGUCAGAGGUGACCUGCGCUGAAAAGAACAGCCUGGUUGCUCAGGCCUUCCUCAGCUUACAGUUUCGAUAUUGGGGAACCCUCAUGGCUACUUAUCCUCUCACGGUGCUCCUGUUGUCGGCUGCAGUCACGGCUGUCUUCUCUGUGGGCCUGAAGGACAUCGAGCUCACCACGGACCCCGUGGAGUUGUGGUCUGCCCCGAAGAGCCGCGCCCGGCAGGAGAAAGAGUUUCACGACACUUUCUUCGACCCCUUCUUCAGGACCAACCAGCUGAUCUUGACAGCGCCGGGCAAAGAAGGCCACAUUUAUGACUCUUUGCUGUUUGGAAAGCAGAACUUCAGCGGGAUUAUCUCCAAAGAUCUCAUUAUUGAGCUGAUGGAGCUCCAAUCACGAAUCCAGAACAUUGAGUUCUGGUCAGAGGAUCUGAACCGCAUUGCGAGUCUGAAGGACGUCUGUUUUGCACCGCUGAACCCAAGCUACCCCAACCUGAAAGACUGUGCAGUCAACAGCCUGCCGCAGUACUUCCAGAACAGCCUGGACAACCUGAACGCCAAGGCCAACAUGACGGAGUUGGGAGUGACCAAAGAGGUGGACUGGAGGGACCAUCUGAUCUACUGCCUCGGCUCCCCCCUGUCCUUCAAAGACAUCACUGCUUUAGGUUUGAGCUGCAUGGCGGAUUACGGAGGUCCAGUCUUCUCCUUUCUGGCUGUGGGAGGCUACGAGAACGACGACUUAACUAAUGCUGAGGCUCUCGUCAUGACCUUCUCCCUCAAUAACUACGCUCGUACCAACACCAAGUUCAAAGUGGCCAUGCAGUGGGAGACGGAGUUCCUUAAAAUUGUCCAGGAUUACCAGAAGAGCCCGAGCUCCAACUUCACCUUUGCAUACAUGGCAGAGAGGUCUCUGGAGGAUGAGAUUAAUCGGACAACAGCAGAGGACAUCCCCAUCUUCAUGAUCAGCUAUGCUGUGAUCUUUGUUUACAUCGCUGUAGCACUGGGGGAGUACUCUUCAUUGAAGCGCAUACUGGUGGACUCCAAGUUCCUGGUGGGUCUGGGUGGGAUCCUGGUGGUCGGCUGCUCUGUCCUCUCCUCCAUGGGCUUCUACUCCUGGAUCGGCGUCCCCUCCUCGCUCAUCAUCCUGCAGGUCGUGCCUUUCCUGGUGCUCGCCGUUGGAGCCGACAACAUCUUCAUCUUUGUUCUGGAGUACCAGAGAGAUGUGCGGAUGCCUGGAGAGAAGAGAGAGGAGCACAUCGGUCGUGUGCUUGGAAACGUAGCUCCCAGCAUGCUCCUGUGCAGUCUCUCCGAGUCGAUCUGCUUCUUCCUCGGGGCCCUGUCCACCAUGCCAGCGGUGAAGACCUUCGCUCUGUACGCGGCUUUCGCUGUGCUCAUGGACUUCGUCCUCCAGAUGACAGCUUUCGUGGCACUGCUGUCACUGGACGCCCGUCGCCAAGACAAAAACCGCUGUGAACUGGUCUGCUGUGUCACAGUAUCGAAAAAACGUCCCAACGAGCCUAACGAGGGCUUCCUGCUCCCGUUAAUGAGGAAAUACUACGCCCCUGUCCUCCUGCACAGCUUCACCAGGUUUAUUGUGAUGGUGGUCUUCAUCUCCGUGCUGUGUGGAUCUGUAUACCUCAUGUUUAAUGUGACUGUGGGUCUGGAUCAGGAGCUGGCUAUGCCUGAGGGCUCUUACAUGCUGGACUAUUUCAAGUACCUGUACAAAUACUUUGAAGUCGGAGUCCCUGUUUAUUUUGUAACAAAGAAAGGCUUUGACUUCACCGCUGUGAAGGGCAUGAAUGGAGUCUGCUCCAGCGUGGGCUGCGAUCAGUACUCACUCACCCAGAAGAUCCAGUACGCCACCAACCACCCUGAACUAUCAUACUUGGGUAUUCCUUCUAACUCCUGGGUGGACGACUUCAUUGAUUGGCUGAACCCAGGAUCCAAAUGUUGUCGUCUGUACGCCUUCGGCCCAAAUGCUGGAAAGUUCUGUCCUGCAAGCGAAUCUGGUUUUCUCUGUCCCAAGAAGUGCAUGUCAAUUCCUCCAGAUGGCGUCCUCAGGCCCACUAAGGAAGAAUUCAACCGCUUCCUGCCUGACUUCCUGGGUAACAGACCUGACCUGCAGUGCCCCAAAGGAGGUCUUGGUGCCUAUGACAAAGCGGUGGUGAUGGAUGAAAAAGGAGAAAUUAUAGCCUCUCGGUUCAUGGCGUACCACACACCGUUAACCAACUCGCAGGAAUUCACUGCUGCACUCAAGAUGGCCAGAGCGCUAGCCCACAACAUCACAAUGACCAUGAGGAAAAUCGAAGGCACCUCACCCGACUUUGAAGUAUUUCCUUACACGGUGACCAAUGUAUUUUAUGAGCAGUACCUGACCAUUGUUCCAGAGGGACUGUUCAACAUCUCCCUGUGUCUGCUGCCCACCUUCGUGGUGUGCUGUCUGCUGCUCGGUCUGGACCUGCGCUCCGGCCUGCUCAACCUCAUCACCAUCAUCAUGAUCACCGUGGACACUGUUGGGGUCAUGACUCUGUGGAACAUCGAUUACAACGCCGUCGCCCUUAUCAACCUGGUCACGGCGGUGGGCAUCUCGGUGGAGUUUGUGUCUCAUAUGACGAGAUCCUUUGCACUCAGCACUAAACCAACACGUGUAGAAAGAGCCAAGGAGGCUACGGCCAACAUGGGCAGCGCGGUGUUUGCUGGUGUUGCUAUGACCAACCUGCCAGGCAUCCUCGUGCUGGCGUUUGCCAAAGCGCAGCUCAUCCAGAUCUUCUUCUUCCGAUUAAACUUAGUCAUCACACUUUUGGGGAUGGCUCACGGACUCAUAUUCCUCCCUGUGCUGCUCAGCUACUUUGGUCCUGGUGUGAACAAAGCCGUGCUGCUGCAGCACCAGCAGCUCAAAGCGAAGGCCGCCAGGGAGCUGGAGAUGAGGAACAAUAUGAGACAUAUCUAUGAUAACCUGAGCUUUGAAGACAGCGAGAUAAGACAGUACCCGGACUUAAACCUUACAAAGGACGCCAGCAGUCCUUCACAAAUUGAAGAGAAUCAAAAGCAGGAGAAAGAGGAGAAGAUCGAUAGCUUCUGAGCGCCAAAAAAACAGUUUUAAAGCUCUGAUGAGUAAAUACUUGUGUAGCAAACUGAACAAGGAUGGACACAGAAACAGGAAAGAGAUAACAAACAAGGAGUCAACUAUUUGGCUCCCUAUGGAAAUCAUUCACUUUACUAUGUACCUCAAUCAGAAAUGGACUGGUGGGACUGAAGACACAGUUGUGCAAUAUAUCCAAGCAAUGCGACAAAGAGAGUCAACCUUCCUGCCUCCACACUACACGUCUGGAGCCGGGCUAGAUUUGUUUUUUUUUAUUGUGGAAUUUCUUGACAGGACAGGAAGUCGACAAAUGUUCUUGAAUUAGUCAUUUUGUAG